AUGGUAGCCAACAAAGUGUUCUUUUUCAACCUUGUCAAAACUUUGAUGCAGCAGUCUGGGAGGCCACAGAAAGUGGGUGCAGGAAAUGCUGAGAAAGGGAAAAAAAUCUUUAUGCAAAAAUGUGCAUAUUGUCAUACCUUGGAAGAGGACGCUGGUAACAAGACAGGACCAAACCUUCAUGGACUGUUUGGUAGGCAGACAGGCUCAGCUAAAGGGUACAGUUACAGUCCUUCCAACAUGUAUAAAGGGAUGAUUUGGAAUGAACACACAUUGUUCAUGUAUUUGGAAGAUCCAAUAAAAUUCAUGCCUGGAACAAAAAUGAACUUCUCUGGUUUGAAAAGUCCCCAGGACAGGAAUGACAUUAUAGCUUUUUUAAAGGAUGCAACAUCCUGA